UCUCUCUCUCUCUCUCUCUCUCUCUCUCACACACACACACACACACACAUGCACGUGCGCACGAACACACACACACACACACACACACACACACACACACACACACACACACACUCUGUCAUUUUUUUCUUCUAUCUUCUUCCAUUCCUACACGGUAGAUUAUGUCUUGUUGGUCUCUUUAUGACCAGGGUUUCACUUUAUUGCCAGCUGUAAUUAAUGCAAAUUCAGAUGGGUAAAAUAAAUUGAUUAAACCUCUUGAUUGCCCAUUCUAUGUCCGUUUCAUAUUUUUAUUAAGAUAUUUCACAUCAUUUUUAAGCGUGUUGCUGUCCAGGUGAGGGUUGCUUUAGUUUUAAUAACUGCUUCAUAAUUAAUAUUAAAAUUGCGUUCCUAAAAAUAUGAGCACCAGUAUAUUCAUAUUCCACCACCACUUCAUCUUGUAAGAUCAUGUUGGAUAAUCCUGCUUGGCCAUGUUUGAGAUUGAUUGGUUUUGGGAACAUUUUAAAAUAAGGGUCCCUUUAUUAACGUUACUUAGUGCAAUAUUAAACAAUACACAAAGAGUCCCUUUAUCAGUCUUAACUUUAUUGUUAAUUAUUAAUCGUCCUUAAGGUUAGCAAAAAGAGCUGGUGGGUGUCCGCUUAGUAAUGCAUUACAUAAUGUUAAGUACAAGCAGUUAAUACUUUAUUUAAAUCUUUAUUAAUGCACUAAGUAAUUGUUACAGACCCCACUCCCCACCCGUCCUUCAAGGUCAGGAAGGAGAGAAGAUAGUAACUGGACAACCGUAAGAAACGACACUCUACACACAAACGUCAGUUUAUCACAGCUUUUAUUGCUGUUCUGUUCAUGUGGAUGCUGCAGGUACCACUGUGGAGGAGGGGGAGACAGGGACAGUUAGGUGAUGCCAAAAGAAUGAAAUUAAUAAAACAAAAUAGAUCCUAUCUACCCUUCUAACUAAACAAAGGGAUCAAACAAAAGCCUCAGCUAAACUCCUCUGCAAAAUAGUUGGAUCCAAAAACAUUACAGGGGGGCACCUACCUCCUUACCUAGUGUUUUUAACAAGUUUCCACUAUGUGAUGAGAUGUACAGGGAUCCCCCAGCUUACCUUGUCCACAGUCUCCCUCCACCAAACCUUCAAACAAAAGCAGCCCCGGAACACAGGUGAGUUAAUCAAGCAGCAGCAUGUGGGAGGAAGAGUCUCUCUGCUCUUCAGGGAAGCCGCCUUUUAUCCUCUGCCCUGCUCCACAAUUGGUCAAAGGUGAAAGUAAUCAGCCAAUCCAGGACCUCCACACCUACUCUGCACCCUGUGUGAAAAAGGGACAGGAGAGGGGAGAGAAAGAGGAAAAACAAAGGGAGAAACACAUACCCUGCCUGGCUGGCAUGUAACACCCCCACCCUUAUAAGUCCAAACAAAGUGUUUUGGACAAAGAGGGGAAAAAAAUCAUGCAGUAACCAAAGCCUAAAACACACGCGAUAGUGUGUCAGCUAAAACAUUCUCAGUGUCAUGACUCUCAGGCUGCCACCCUCCUCUGCCUCAGCUGCCUCCCCAAUCAAGCCCUCAGCCACUUAAUUAUCAUCACCUGCACCCUGUCAUCAGCUCAUGCCACACACCUGUUUCCUCUGCUAUAUAACACCCAGCCUGCUCUCCAACCAGUGCCAGAUUAUUGAGCACUUUUGCCAGUAAAUCUUCCAGCCUUCCUUCCAGCCUGAUCACAGUCCCUUGACCUCGUUUCCACGCCUGACCAUCACCAAGAACUCUGCCUGCCACCACAAAACUAGCCUGUCCACGACCACGUCUCCAGCCUGCUCCCUGUACCUGCUUAGUUCCCAUCUGGUUUCGACCCACGCCUGCCUUUGACUCUGCCCUUACCUGAGUUUUCUCCGGUAACGCUUCCUAUUAGCUUCUGGCUAAUAAAGACUUAACGUCUUACUGUGUUUGGUGUCCUCAAGGGUCCUCAAGUUCCGCCCGUUACAGAAUAAUCUGGCCAUACUUGGACCCGACACAGGACUGGCAAAGCAGGAGUUGAGCUUCCAUCUCAGGCUUGUAAUCCAAGGUCUACGUACUCCUGGGUCUGCCUUGAACCAACAUACAAUACUAUCCGACUUGUCAUGGAUCCAGCUGGUGAGUUUCUCACGCUCCUUGAGUUCAUGGAGCUGGAGAAGGAACAGGAGUCAUCUUUCUAGGGAACGCACCUAGCAAUCAAGCCAUCGCUGCGCAGAGGUUCCAACCCUCCGUCCAGACCUGCUACGGCAAUCCUGCACAGAGGGCUCCUAACAACGUGUUGGAGGCGGCCCCGGAGACCCUCCGUUAAUUCGCUGCCUUCCCACCUCCAAGGUUUAUCAGCCACGCCCCCACAGUCACAGGCUUUACCUGUCAUCACACCGCUCCAGCCUCAAGCCCCUCCUGUCAUCACGCCGCUCCAGCCUCAAGCCCCUCCUUUCAUCACGCCGCUCCAGCCUCAAGCCCCUCUUGCCAUGCUACGUCAGCAGCGGUCCCGACAGUCUUCAGGGGCUGCUAAAAAUGUUAGUCCUUCUCCCGUGCUGGUGUCAGCGGGUUCCCUAGACGACACCUCAUGUUAUGCUCCUAAGCCGGCCCUAACUGAGGAGGCAGUUAGGUUGAUGAUACAGAUGGUCAAGGACUCUCUCUGGGUCAACUUUACCGGACCAUUAUGCCCCCACCAAUGACUGCAGUUGACUGAAGGGUGAAAUACCCUUGUUUCCACCCAUCCGGAGCUGACAACGGUUCCAGCCCUUGGUAAUCAUUACCUUUGGGUCCGGAGUGUUUAUGGGUCUGCACGUGAGGACGUCGCCGCAGAGGGUCUGACCUACUGUAAGAGAUGGACACCUUCCCCAGAACCCUCCAGCACCACGCCAGGUCCAGCGGUGGUUCCAGAGGCCGCAUCGCAUCCAGGUCCAGCGGUGGUCCCAGAGGCCGCACCGCAUCCACGUCCAGCGGUGGUCACAGAAGUCGCACCGCAUCCAUGUCCAGCGGUGGUCCCAGGGGUUGCACCACAUCUACAUCCAGCAGUGGUCCCAGAAGAUGCACCGCAUCCACGUCCAGCUGUGGUCCCAGGGGUCACACCGCAUCCACUUUCAGCGGUGGUCCCAGAGGCUGCACUGCAUCCAGUUCCAGCAGUGGUCCGAGCUCCGCAAAUCCAAGGGGCGUCGCCUGUCCAAGGGGCGUCGCCCGUCCAAGAAGCUCUGCCCCCAGCCCAGCCGGGCCAAGAGGCUCCACCUGCAGCGGCUCUGCCUCAAGUCAAGUCAUCAGCGCCAGGUCCGACGCCUCAAGUCAUCAGUGCCAGGUCCGGUGCCUCAAGUCAAGCCGUCAGUGCCAGGUCCGGCGCCUCAAGUCAAUUCAUCAGCCCCAGGUCUGGUGCCUCAAGUCGUCGUCAGCGCCAGGUCCGGCGCCUCAAGUCAAGUUGUCAGCAACAGGUCCGGCGCCUCCUGCAGCUGCUCCGCCUCCCCUCGAAUCUACGCCUCCGGCACCUCUACUCCUGUCUGCGUCUCCACUCAAGUUGGCGCCUCCUCCUGCAGUGGCUCCGCCUCCACUCAAGUCAGCGCCUCCAGUCAAGUCGGCGCACCCGCCUCCAGGGAUUCUGGUUCUGACGGUCCCGCCUCCAGCCAAGUCUGCACCUCCAGCCAAGUCGGCGGACCAGACUCCAGGGGUUCUGGUUCCGGCGGUCCUGCCUCCAGCCAAGUUGGCCCCUCCAGCCAAGUCGGCGCCUCCAGCCAAGUCGGCGAACCCGCCUCCAGGGAUUCUGGUUCUGGUGGUCCCACCUCCAGCCAAGUCGGCGCCUCCAGCCAAUUUGGUGCCAACAGCCAAGUAAGCGGUCCCGCCUCCAGGGAUUCUGGUUCUGGCAGUUCUGCCUCCAGCCAAGUCGGCACACCCGCCUCUAGGGAUUCUGGUUCCAGUGGUCCCACCUCCAGCCAAGUUGGCGCCUCCAGCCAAGUCGGCGGACCCACCACCAGGGAUUCGGUUUCCGGCAGUCCCGCCUACAGCCAAGUCGGCGCCUCUAGUCAAG